AAAUGAAUGGAAACUAACAACCCAUUCAAAACUUUGAGGGGUUUGUGGAAUGGUACGGUUUUCUUUAUCUUUGUCUUAUCUAUAAAGUGGAAAGUAUAAACAAACCUAGUCGUUGAGAGUGUCAAGCAAGGCAAUACAUAAGCAUACACCAAAUGGAAUCAAAUCAAUUCUAAGUUGAUGUUCGUCCACUCCACUCCACUCAUUCACUCACACAAAACCAUUCAUCAAUCCAUGCUUCUAUAGUUAUUAUUUCUCGCAGUUAUGGAUUUCGGAGGCCCCACCGUGACCCGAUUGGUUGGUGAUUACAUAUUGGGUCCUCGAAUCGGGUCGGGUUCAUUUGCAGUCGUGUGGCUUUCUCGUCAUCGGAAUUCGGGUUUGGAGGUUGCAAUUAAGGAGAUUGAUUACACACAACUGAACCCCAAAGUUCGAGAUAAUCUCAUCAAAGAGAUUUCAAUACUUAGUACUAUUCAUCACCCUAACAUCGUUCGACUCUUCCAAGCCAUCCAGACAAAUGACAGGAUUUACCUUGUUUUGGAAUAUUGUGGUGGAGGGGACCUUGCUGCAUACAUCCAUCGUUAUGGGAGAGUUUCAGAAUCCAUUGCUCGCCAUUUCAUGAGGCAGUUAGCUUCCGGGUUGCAGGUGCUUCAAGAAAAGAACCUCAUACAUAGAGAUUUAAAACCACAGAACUUACUGUUGGCAACUACUUCAGUUACACCACUUAUGAAAAUAGGAGAUUUUGGUUUUGCAAGGUCUCUCACACCUCUGCAGUUGGCAGAUACACUAUGUGGUUCACCUUACUACAUGGCUCCAGAGAUAUUUAUGGAUCAGAAGUAUGAUGCUAAGGCUGAUUUAUGGAGUGUUGGCGCAAUAUUGUAUCAGCUAGUUGUUGGGAGGCCGCCGUUUGAUGGAAAUAGUCAAUUGCAGCUUUUUCAAAAUAUUUUGGCAUCUACUGAACUUCCCUUUCCACCAAAGAUAUUAAAAGAGCUACCUUCUGAUUGUGUGGAUCUUUGCAGAAGCCUUUUACGUCGAAAUCCAGAUGAGAGAUUAACAUUCAAGGCAUUCUUCAAUCACAAUUUUCUACAAGAAGCCAGAUUGAUCGGGAGUAUUGAGCAGUUUCAUUCACGUCAAUCAGAAAGCUCAACCAUUAAUCAAUUAGGUGGCUCUGCAUUUGAGGUGUCUCGAGCACAUUUCGAGUCAUUUGUCGAUCAUCCAGUGAUAAUCAGUUCAGCUGUCAAUGAGACCAUCCUUUUGCAAAGAAAAGCUGGUAAGAUCACAGAUGACACUAAGAAUGGUAAAGGAUCAAAUCCAUCUAUUGCACGCGAUAAGCCAGGGAAGUUCAUUGAUACUGGUACUCAUUUGUCAAACCAACCUCGAGUUUCUCAUUUAAUGGAGUCCAUUGAGAAAGGUUAUGUCCUCAUCAAUUCUCAUUUUGCAUCGUUGGAGGAUUUCUCUGAUUACUUCGAGGCAACCACACAAGAUAAUGACCCCUCAAGCGGGGUAUCUAUCUGCCCUUCAAAGAGGGCUAACCUAGAGAUUGAAGUUGGAAAACAAACAAAGGAUUUGUCCACUUUGUCCGUCGACGAGUUAGACAAAUUUAAUAGCAAAGAACUUGACACAUUUGUGGCAUCUUGUGAAUUUUCUACCAUAAUGCAUCCGUCAAACAGGUUAGAGUUGUUGCAUCGGUACGUGCAAGUCCUUGGAGAACUUUCGCAAGAAAAGAAUAACACAGGAUUAUAUCUAGAAUCGCUUGCGGUUGAGUUGGUGGUUUUGGCUAUAUGGAAGAAAGCUCUAGACAUUUGUAGCACUUGGUUAUCCCCUAUUUCUGAGGGUGAGUUGCUUCGAAGCAGUUCGGUUAAUGAGUCCAUAACUUCCUGUGCAGACGUGAGCUUAUCACAGACUACAGAACAGAAAAUAAAUUUUAGUGACUGUCCUUCGAUCUCCUUGUGGGCCAAACAUGGAUUUAUCGCGGCAGUCGAUUGCGCUGAGAAACUAUCAUGCCGUAUUCAAAGCAUGGAUGGGGCAGUUGAGAUGCCAGAUGCAAUGGAAAUUAUAUUCAAACAAGCACUCUUAGUUGGGACAAAUGGUGCUGUAGAUGAGUAUAUGAAUAACAAAGAUAAGUCUGCUGCAUCUUACUCAAAAGCAAUGCUUUUACUAUCAUUUAUUGUGGGAGAAGCAGAGAACCUUCCACUUAACCCUCCAUUUUCGCUUCUUGCCGAUGAUCAGAAGCGAAUCGUGCAAUAUAUUCGCAACAUGCAGUUUCGCAAAAAAUCAUUGUCAGAGUCCUCUUCAAAGGAAUCUCAUACUCUUUAUUCAAAGUAAAUAAAAAAUAACAGGUUUGUGUAUAGUGCUUUUUGCAUCACAACUUUUUGAAUUGAUGGACCAAAGACAACCUUUGACAGAUGCAAUAUUUUUUUACAUAUAUAUAUGUAUAAUCAACCACUUACAAUGAAUUUGUAGAGGGACUUUGCAGUUAUUGCAUGUUUUUAUGUAAAUAAUAAUCAUGUUAGUUCUUUGACAUGGAAUUUGUAAAUAGUGUAUAGCUCAGUUGUACAAUUUUGAAACCACUAUCUAAUUAAUGAAUUUAAAUUUUACUUCCUUUGAAA